GUUUAGAUUUGUAAUUAAUUACUGCACCUGAGUUUGAUGGAGAGCUCCUUAUUUAAAAGAUGGAUAAGAAAACCUUUGGUGGAGUUGAUAAAACCCAUGUCAGGUUCUGCAGACUCGAAAAUUCCGCAGCACAUGACAACACCAGCUGACAGGUUUUGGUUACGGAUAACAAGGUCGUUACCGGCAGAAAGCAUAGGACCAGAAGUAUCACAAAGUGUCAUGGAGAAAGCAUUUAACAGACGUCGUGUUGGUACGAAUGUUGGCAUGUGUGUAUUGACUGCCAUCUGUGCUUUCAUUCUUAUUCAAAAUAGUAAAAAACGACGAAAAGAAAAAGUCAUUAAGAAGGACAACAGAUUUGGUUAAAGAAAGAACUUGUUGAAAACCAAAAUCUAGCCGGAGCGAGCAAAUUAGUGAUUCAAAUAUAUGUGAUUUUAAUUUAAUUAGGUGUCAGUAUUGUUAACUGUAACAUCAGGUUGAAAUGAUGUUUAUUACCUUAAGGAUUGAAUUGUAAUUUUCAUCUACUGCAUAUUUCUAGCUUAGAACUAGUUUUCCCUCGUAGCAGGUACAAAAAACUGUAAAGGCUUAAAAAGCUACGUUUUAACUGGAAAAAAUAGUUUCGUAGGUGUUAUAAUUUUUCAUUCUAAUAUUUUGUUUGUUAACUGAGGCCCUAUUCUAAUAGCACAAACAUCGGCUUAAUAAUGCUUAUAAGCUUUUCUAUUUAGGAUAGGGGGCCCUAUUGGAUUUGAUAGCCUAAUAGUGUCUUUUCACACCUAAAAAUUGAAUGUUGGCCAGAUUUUAUUCUGAAAAAUAAAAACUGUAAAGAUGUGAAAUAUAUAUAUCCUCAAAUAUCCUAAGGGUCUGUUCAUAUGAGAAUUAUUUCCUCCGUAGCCGGUAAAAUGAUUUCAGGCUUAGAUCUGGGCUUGUAAAUAAACCCAAAAAUUUAGUUGCGUUCAAAUGGAAAAAAUAUUUACCCACCUAUCGAAUGCGCAUGAUCGAGAUUUUCAUAAGGGGGUAAUUCAUUUUCCCAUAUAAACAGCCCUUAAUGACAGUGAUAUUGAGGUUGUGGGGGUACUUGUAAAGCAAAUGUCUAUAAUACAAAAAGGUAUAUUUGUUGUAUCGUUCUCUAUAAAGGCCGUUUUACAUUACAACAGUAUAUUGCCAGCAAGGUUUUACCAUCUAUUGUCCAAUACAGUUGAAUGCUGCUCAAACUUUGUUUUUGUUUCGCUUAAUAAUUUUUUCUUUUAUGUAAAAAAUAUUACAAAACAUUGUGAACUUUUAGGUGAAUUUUUAUCACAUAUUGUAGAUAGUGUUUACAGUGGUAAUUUCUAUUGAAACGGACUUAAGUGAUUAUGCAUUGUACAAACAUAUUUUUAAGCAUACUUCAUUUUUUAGUGAAUUUCGUGAAUUUUGACUACAAAGUAAUAGUAACGGACUUUUGUCGAAAAAACUUCAAGAAUAUUUUUUCCUGUUUUGUGUGUUUUCAUAUGUUUUACUAUCGUAAAGACUUCUUAAAAUUAACUCACAAAAUAGUGCUGGUAUUUUUUGAACCUUGUUAUUUAUGUAAAUAUUCUAAUAUGUGUUUUAGGUUAACAUACUAAACACGCCAUUUAAAGAAAA